AUCCACCUUCCUUAAUUACUGCUCAAGGGGGAGAGAAAAAAAAAAGCAUGGCUCCGAAAUCGAAACAGGUUAACCCGAAUCCCGACACGACUACCAACGAGAUCCGUUACCGCGGUGUUAGAAAGCGUCCAUGGGGCCGUUACGCGGCUGAGAUCCGUGACCCGAGGAAAAAGGCCCGAGUCUGGCUCGGUACAUUCAACACUGCCGAGGAGGCAGCGCGCGCUUACGACGCGGCGGCACGGGAAUUCCGUGGCGCCAAGGCCAAGACAAAUUUCAUCUACAGUACCGUUAACGAUAACGACCCAACCCGCAGCACCGUGGAGUCAUUUUCUCCGCCACCUUUGGACCUCACACUCCCCGGCGGAUCUCAUUCGCCUCCCUUGACGAAGAAGAAUCCGGUGUUUUUGUUCGAUGUCUUUACUUCUGCCGGUAAGAUCAUCUCCGACGCAGGCGGGGCCGAAAGCGACUCCGAUUCGUCAUCGUCGGUUGUUGAUUUUGAACAUGGGGUGCGGCCGAGAGUGUUUGAUCUUAACCAGUUGCCUGCUGAAAUGUUUUGAUUUUUCUGUUCUUUU